AUGGAUAACUCUACUUGUUCUUCAUGUGGUAAAACAAAAUCUCUUGCUGAUUUUGUAGUAAUCGGAGCAAAAAGAUCUCAAAAGCAAUGUGAUACAUGUUUAAGUUGUCGUGACAAAGCUAAACAUCACAAAAAAGCUAAAAGAAAACAGCAAGAAACCAAGGAAA